AUGAGCAAAAUAACACCACCCCCUCCACCACCGAACCCAGUCGAUCCAAAACGGACUUCAAUAAAACCAAACGCACCACCACCACCCAAAUCGACUAUAAUAGAUUCACAUAUACGAAGACCAUCGCGUAACAUGUUACAACGAAAAGAAUCAAUCGACGACAUCAAUUUAGUCUUACAAACAGAAAAGACAAAAAACCCAUUUGGUCUGAGUUCAUUGGCUGAUGACACGACAACACCAAAGAAGUCAACCAUGACCCCAAGACGGUUGUCACUUGGUAACACGUUCGGAAGACUUUCAGACGUCCCCUCUUCUUCUUCAAAAAAGAAGAAACACAAAGGAUUUUUCAAUUUGUUCAAGAAGAAGGAAGACGAAAUUCAAAUCAGUGAGCCGGAAAUGUUUAAGAAGACGAUGAGUGUCAGGGUAGACACCGCUAUUAACCCUUUUCUGAAAUUCGACGGAAAGUCGGAAAAGGCGAUCAUCCCUAUUAAACCCCCUUUACCUAUGCUGAACAAAAGAGACGUCAAAUGUCGAGAAGAGUACUUUUCUCUUAUCGACCAAAUGGUUUCGCAACAAUUACUUUAUGAUGAAUGGAGUUCACCUGUUGUUCCUAUUGAAAAGUGGACUAUGAACUAUCCACUUGGAUGGGAGAAAAAGUGUUUAGUCGACACCACUUCUAUUAAAGAUGGGUAUUGUAUUGAAAUUGGCGAGAAUGCAGAAACUCAAAAUACUGAACUGAAUGAUUAUUACUUUGUAGAUGUCACUGCAGACUAUUUGUUCUUUGGAAAGUAUAUACAAAACAAUCCCGAAGCAGAACACUACGUCUUGGCCGAUUCGAAAGAUCCGGUAUCGGUAAGUACCGUCCCAUGUAAACACGAUAACUUCAGAAGAGCUUUUGUCUGUUCGAAGCGUGGGUUCUUGCGAUGUUUUAUACCAAAUGAAGUGACAAAGAUUAAAGACUACUCUGAGGUGUUUCCCGAUAUCUCAAAAGGACGGUUCUUUAAAGUUGGGAGUCAAAAAAAGAAGUUUGAAGAUGAGAUCUCUCGCAUUGAAGCGAUGAGUGCGGUGACCCAUUACAAAUUUGGAGUUUUGUAUAGGAAAGCGGGUCAAACGACAGAGAACGAAAUGUUUGGGAACACAACAGCAUCGCCAGCCUUUUACAAAUUUUUGGAUUUGAUUGCGACGAAAACGGAGUUGAAAAAUUUCACGAAGUACCGUGGUGGAUUAGACGUGAAAAGUCAAUCCACUGGGUUAUAUAGUUAUUACACGACUUUUUGUGAAUAUGAGAUCAUGUUCCACGUCUCUACUUUAUUACCAGAACAACCAAAUGAUUUACAACGUGUUGAAAAGAAGAGACAUAUCGGAAAUGAUAUCGUCGUUUUUAUCUUUAAAGAGCACAACGACACUAUUGAACAGUUCAAUCCAACACUUAUGACUUCACAAUUCAAUCACGUCUUUGUCAUUAUCGACCCGAACACAAACGGCGAAGAUAAUGACGGCUAUACAAUUAACAUCUCUUGCAAAUCAUCUGUAUCGCCAUUCCCACCUUUCAUGACAACAAAUUAUUACCCACACAAUCAAGAAACAAGAGAAUUCAUCUUGAGAAAAGUAAUCAACGCGGAAAGAACUGCACUCUUUUCAACCGCCUUCAAGGGAAACGCUACCAAGACACGCGCACAGCAACUCACAUAUCUGUUUAACAGCAUAAAGGAGUGA